UAAGGCGGUGAGGAGGCUAAGCGGUGAGACCAGUAACGGACGGAGUUCAGGGAAGUAAGUUCACGCGCAGGGCCGUCGCUGUGGUGGCUGGAGGAGAAAGGUUUUGGAAUUAAGCCGGAUGGCGGUGGCGUUAGUGGUCCAGAGGUGUUGCUGCUGUGGAGGCUCCAGCCUUGGCUGCUGGAACAGACUUGAUAUGCGGCUUUUACUCUUUGUCCUGCAAGUUUCCAGCAUAUUCCUCUCGGAUAUUUCUUUUCGAGUUCUUUCUGACCCAAGUAAAGUAACAUCUCUGUCAUGCCCACAGGUGCUGAGAACAAGAGAAAUCAAGCAAAGGAAGGAGGCAGAGAUUCUACGACUUGAGUAUCACCACUUCUGUGGAUACCCUUGACUUGAGAUUGAGAUUUCUGAACAGAAAUUUAGAGCUGAUCCAGAGAGACAAAGACAGAGCAUCUCAGUUAGCAGCCAUUUCCCAAAUGGAGAUGAUGCAGGCCCAGGAAUCCCUGACAUUUGAUGACGUGUCUGUGAAGUUCACCUGGGAGGAGUGGCAGUUCCUGGGCCCUGCUCAGAAGGACCUAUAUCGGGACGUGAUGUUGGAGAACUACAGCAACCUGGUGUCAGUGGGGUAUCAAGCUAGCCAAUCAGAUACACUCUCCAAGUUGGAACAAGGAGAAUUGUGGACGAUAGAGGAUGAAAUCCGUAGCCAGAUCUGUUCUGACAUCAGGAAAAUUGAUAAUCCUCUGCAGCAUCACUUGCAAAGUCAAAGUAUUCAGAAGAGAGGUCAUUUCCUGCUAAAGCAAAAUUGUGAUAUGUUUGACUUACAUAAAAAACCUUUAAAAUCAAAUUUUAGUUUUGAAAAUCAGAACAGAAGCUGUGACCUAAAGAACUCUACUGAGUUUAAUGGAGAUGGGAAAUCCCUUUUUCAUGAUACUCAUGAACAAUUUUCUUCUGAAAUUAAAUUCCCUAUAAGUACAAAACCUAUAAAAAAUAAAUCCCAAGUCAUUAAGCAACAGAGAACUCCCAACAUAGAGAAAGCUCAUGUAUGCAGUGAAUGUGGAAAAGGGUUCAUCAAGUUGUCUCAGUUCAUUGAUCAUCAGAGAGUUCAUACUGGAGAAAAACCUCAUGAAUGCAGUAUGUGUGGGAAAGCAUUCUCCAGAAAAUCCAGGCUAAUGGAACAUCAGAAAACUCACAUAGGACUGAAACAUUAUGAAUGCACUGAAUGUGACAAAACCUUCCUCAAGAAAUCACAGUUCAAUAUACAUCAGAAAACUCAUAUGGGAGAGAAACCUUAUACAUGUAGUGAAUGUGGGAAAGCUUUCAUCAAAAAGUGUCGACUUAUUUAUCAUCAGCGAACUCACACAGGAGAGAAACCCCAUGAAUGCAGUGUAUGUGAGAAAGCCUUCUCUACAAAGUUUAGUCUCACUACACAUCAGAAAAUUCAUACAGGAGAGAAACCUUAUAUAUGUAGUGAAUGUGGUAAAGGCUUUAUCGAGAAGAGGCGUCUUACCGCACAUCAUCGAACUCAUACUGGUGAGAAACCCUUUGUGUGCAGUAAAUGCGGGAAAGGCUUCACCUUGAAGAACAGUCUUAUCACACAUCAGCAAACUCAUACAGAAGAGAAAUUAUAUACAUGCAGUGAAUGUGGAAAAGGUUUUUCAGUAAAGCACUGUCUUAUCGUACAUCAACGAACUCAUACUGGAGAGAAACCAUAUAUAUGCAAUGAGUGUGGAAAAGCCUUCACCUUGAAGAGCCCUCUAAUCAGACAUCAGCGAACACAUACAGGAGAGAAACCCUACGUAUGCACUGAAUGUCAAAAAGGCUUUACCAUGAAGAGUGACCUCAUUGUACAUCAGCGAACUCAUACUGCAGAGAAGCCAUAUAUAUGCAAUGAUUGUGGAAAAGGCUUCACUGUGAAGAGCCGCCUGAUUGUACAUCAGCGAACUCAUACAGGAGAAAAACCCUAUGUAUGUAGUGAAUGUGGAAAAGGCUUUCCAGCAAAGAUCCGGCUAAUUGGACAUCAACGAACUCACACUGGAGAGAAACCUUACAUAUGUAGUGAGUGUGGAAAAGGUUUCACUGAGAAGAGUCACCUCAAUGUACAUCGGCGCACUCAUACAGGAGAGAAACCCUAUAUAUGCAGUGAAUGUGGCAAAGGCUUAACUGGGAAAAGCAUGCUCAUUGCACAUCAGCGAACUCAUACUGGGGAGAAACCAUAUAUAUGCAAUGAAUGUGGAAAGGGCUUCACCAUGAAGAGUACUCUAGGAAUACAUCAGCAAACCCAUACUGGACAGAAACCAUACAAAUGCAAUGAAUGUGGUAAAACCUUCAGGAAGAAGACAUGUCUCAUACAGCAUCAGAGGUUUCACACAGGAAAGACUUCCUUUGCAUGUACUGAGUGUGGAAAAUUAUCUUUGCGCAAAAAUGAUCUCAUUACACAUCAGAGAAUUCACUCAGGAGAGAAACCAUAUGAAUGUACUGAGUGUGGGAAAGCCUUCACUACAAAGUCUGGGCUCAAUGUUCAUCAAAGAAAACAUACAGGAGAGAGGCCCUAUGGUUGCAGUGAUUGUGGGAAAGCUUUUGCCCACUUGUCUAUCCUUGUUAAACACAAGAGGAUUCACAGGUAGUCAUUUUGAGAAAACCUUGCCAGUUGUAAGUCCUCAAGAUAUUAUAGUAUUUCAAAGAAUAACUUAAUGAUUGCAGAAUACGUGGUCAUGUAAUUAGUGAUCAGUUACCUCAUGUUUUAUGUCAAAGAAAACAUGUAUACACACAAAUAAAACAUGUACAAAACAACUCCAAUACAAUCAAUUUUGAUGAAAAUAUUUUGGGACAUUAUGUUGAAAAAAUGUAUAUUGAGAAAAAUUCUACAAAUGUGGCUGAAUAGGAAAACCUUACAUGGCAAGAUAGACCCUAUCAAAAGUAAUCAUAGAUCUUAACUACUAAUAAUAAACUAAUUGGUGAAAAUGUAAUAAUUAUGGGAAAACCUUUGCCCAGAAAUAUGACCUCAAUAGAUUGAGAGAGUUCACGCUAGAGAAAUACUUUCCUAUGGUAAGGAGUGUGGCAGGGUUUGCAGUAAAAUAUUUUGCUUCAUCAUUUGCAAGGAAAUAAUGUAGGAACAAAACUUAUGAACACAUGCAAUGUGGAAGAUCUUUGGAAAAAUAUCAGAGAACUUAAUGAAGGAAAGGAGCCUUGGCAAAAUGAAUGAGACUUCUUUGUCACAAGUCUAACUUUAGACAGUACACCUCAGGUGCAUUUGGGAACAGGAUACCUUGAGCCAUAUUUCUAGUUGCCUUGUCACAGAUUUUAUAUAUUUUAAAUUGUGACAGUUUCUUCAUGGAUUAAAUUUUAAUAUACACAAUACAGGAGUA